UCUGACAGUAACACUAGUUUCCUGCGUGCUGCGAGGGCGGGGAACCUGGACAAGGUUUUGGAGUUCCUGAAAGACGGAGUUGACAUCAGUACCUGUAACCAGAACGGUCUGAAUGCGCUGCACCUGGCAGCUAAGGAGGGCCAUGAGGACCUGGUGGAAGAACUACUGGAGAGAGGCUCUGCGGUCGACUCUGCCACUAAGAAAGGGAACACAGCCCUCCACAUCGCCUCAUUGGCCGGACAGAAGGAAGUGGCUCGACUGCUGCUGAAGAGAGGAGCCGACAUCAACGCCCAAUCACAGAAUGGCUUCACUCCUCUGUACAUGGCAGCCCAGGAGAACCACCUGGAGGUGGUCAGAUACCUGCUGGAGAAUGGAGGCAACCAGAGCGCUGCUACUGAGGAUGGGUUCACCCCCCUGGCCAUAGCCUUGCAGCAGUGUCAUAACCAGGUGGUUUCUCUCCUCCUGGAACAUGACACCAAGGGCAAGGUGCGGCUGCCUGCCCUGCACAUCGCUGCCCGGAAGGAUGACACCAAGGCAGCUGCCCUGCUGCUACAGAAUGACCACAAUGCUGAUGUUCAGAGCAAGAUGAUGGUUAACAGAACUACAGAGGUAUACAUGUUUAUUCUACUCAUCCCCUGCUCUCCUCCCCUCUUCCUUCUUCACCUCCAUCUAGCUCUGCUCUGUAGUUCCUGUGUGUUGACAUCAGACCUGUGUUAA